AUGUGGGUGCCUUGGAUUACCGUAGCUUCCGUUGGCACGCCAGGUCUCUCACAAAUCUCAUCUUACCUCCAAGAGCUUGAGGACGAGAUGUCAGAAGUAGCAUUAGAUUCCAAAGAAGAUACUCCAGAAGAAAUAGAAGAGCCAGAACCUCUUGAAUUAGAUCACACUGGCGCUUUCCAGCAAGUCACAAACCUCCUGAACAUCAUGGACAGCGAGCCAGCGACGACCGACAUGACUGGCUCAGGUCUGGACCUGAGGAAGGCCCUGGCUUCAGUGAUCAUCACCGAGAAGGCCGCCACAGAACCCUCUGUGGUGAUGAACGCUCUCAUCCGCUGUCUGCAGGUGCCAGAGAUCUCCUCUCAGCGCAAGGUCAACAUCUACAACAUCCUGCAGGAGAUCAUCCAGCAGCAGGGCGAGCUGGAGGAGCAGUGCGUGCAGAGGCUGGUGACCAUUGCCUCGCGGGAGAUGAGGGAGAGCCCCGAGAGGGAGGGCUAUGUGAACGCAGAGGUGGCUAGCGACACCCUGGUGGCUCUGUCCCGGAAUCACUUCAGCUUGGUCAUGUAUGAACUACAGCACCACCUCAAGCCCCUCAACCUCACUGAAGAGUUCGUUAUUGUCACCUUGGCCAAGCUGGCCAAUGGCAACGUGUUUGAGUUCAUGCCAUACAUGGGCAUCACUCUGGCUACCAUAUUCACAAUGCUGAGACUUGCUAGUGAAGCCAAGAUGCGCCAGGUGAUCUGUAAUGCCAUGGAGACCUUCUGUGAGACAGUCCAGUUCUACCUGCGGCACCUGGAGGACAGUGUGUACCCCGUGAUGACAGAGGACCAGUUUGCUCUGAAGCUGUUCCCCAUGUAUCGCUACUUUGUGACCGUGUGGCUGAGGCACCACAACCCCGAGGUGAAGCUGGGCGUCAUCAAGUCGCUGAAGCCCAUGCUGGGCCUCCUCCUGCCCAAUGAUGACCUGCGGGAGCAGGUGUAUGACUACAUCCCCCUGCUGCUGGCUGAGUACCAGGGCAGUCUGGAGGCCCUCUUCAUCACACAGGUCCUGAGGCAGAUCUUGGAGAUGUCAGUCUCCACCCACACCCCCAUCCCACAGAUGCAGCUGCACCCCCUCUUCACAGAACUCCACUCGCAGGUGUGCACCAAGGCCCCGGCCCAGCAUCAGCUCAGCAGCCAGAACCUGGUGGAGAUCGUGCAUUGCUUCAUAGCCCUGGCUCACUCCUACCCCAAGGAGCUGAUGAAGUUCUUCUUCGGCCAGAUGGAGAUAAGCCAGGAGGCCGUGCGCGUAGGCACCCUGAACCUGAUCAGGGCUGUGAUUGGUGCCAGUGAGCCCAAAAUGAACAUCAGGACCAUCUGCUUGGCUAUCCGCAUCGUCAAGAACACCCUCUCUGAUACCAGAUCCAAGGUAAGGAUGGCCAUUCUUCGCAUCAUCAGCCAGCUGGCUCUGUCUGGCUACCAGGACAGGAUCAAGGGCUGGGGCCUGAAGUACGUGUCAGUACAACUGACCUUAUCCACGUACAAACUGACCAGUUGCCGGGAGAGCUCGUGUCACAGAGACUUGGAGGAGAAGAUGGUCCACAAUGUGACCAUGGACACCGUGAAGGUCAUCACAUCCUUGGUCAGAGGCACCAGCAAUGAGCUCUGGAUGAGGCUCCUGUGCUACAUCAUGGAGACAAACUACACCGAGGCCCUGACGCCCAUCUGCAUCAGCCUCACCAACCUGGCCGAGCGCCAGCUGCACGGCAAGGACGCAGAGGCCGGCGUGGCUGGCAAGAACAAGCUUGUGGAGCUGCCCACCCCUCAGAAGCUGCUGGCCCGUCUCCUGGUGCUGAUGUCAUCACCCUACAAGGGGGCGGGCCGCGGGAUAGCUAUGCUCAACCUCCUGAGGACGCUGAGCCCGAGCAUCGUGCCCUUCAUGGCUGACAUCUGGGAGAAGGAAAUCCCUCUGCUGGUGCAGUACCUGGAAGAGCACACUGAGUUCACCUGGAACCAGAAGGCCUGGGAGGACAAGCUCUUCCAGUUUCUGAAAAGCUCCCUCAAGAAGACCCAGGGUUCCACGUGGAGCCUGCGCCUGAGCAAAGAGCUCAACAACCAGAUGGAGAGCUUUGACAGCCCCUCUGUGGAGAAGGGCUUUCUGUACCAGGCCUUGGGCUUCACCCUGGCCAUGGGCCUGGAGGCCGACAAGGUCGAGGUGCUGCUGCUGGAACUGCUGUACAAGACGGACUACAGCAACGACUUUGACCGGGAGGGCGUGGUCAUGUGCUUCGGCCUGUGUGCCCGUGGCCAGGUGAAGACGGUGCUGAAUGUGCUCCAGGACUUUGAGGAGAGGAUCCAGGAGUCGGAGCAGUCCUGGCAGAUUGGGGCUUGGCGGAAGGACCUCCCCUGGAGGCGAGAGACUGUGAAGAGCGCCCUCAUGCUGAUGUACAGCUGUGUGGCCUCCUACUGCCACCCCCAGCUGCUGCUCACCCUUGUGGACAACCCCAUUGUCACCAAGAUCAUUCACCACUACUCCAGCAGCUGCCAGGAUGUCAGCCUCAAAAUGGCCUUGAUGAAGAGCAUUGCGCAGGUCACCAGUGCCAUCAGAAGUGUGAAGAGCCUAGAAGAUUUCCAAUUCGCCCAAAAGGCGACCCUUACCAGCAUUGUCACGGCCAUCAUCAAGGCCGAGCCGCCGGACCACUUGGCUUCUCCAGUGCGGACUGUGGCAAUGGACGCGCUCUCCCAUCUGAGUAAGCUGAAGCCUUCCUACUCCAUGGAGGAGAGCAGUGAGCUGAUGGACAUUGGGAUCCACUCGGUGAUUUCCCUCCAGCCCCCAAGAGAGGACAAUGAGGCCAUUAAGGCUCUGUACGCAAAUGCAAUGGGGGCUCUGGAGCAGCUGAUGGAGAGUCUCCUGCAGGGGCACCUGGACCCCAAGGGGCUGCAGGAGAUGGUGCACCUCCUGGAGAAGUGGAUUCUGUCGGAGAUAGAGUGGGAGCGGGAGAAGGCCAUGCAGCUUCUCUUCCACCUGCUGCACGUCUAUGAGCGAAGUGCUGGAUUCUGCAUCCCCCUGAAGCCGGGGCAGUUUAGCACGUUGGUGGGACUCAUCGCCCCCUGUACCUGUGAUGCACAUCUGAGAACUCGCAUGGCCUCCAUGAGAAUCCUGUCCUGCCUGCUGGACCUGCAUGCAAGCCAGACCUGCUCCUUGUGGGACACAGCCAAGGAGAGGGAGCUGGAGAAAUGCAAGGAGGACCUAUGGGUCAGCAACAUGGACACCGUCCUCUACAUGUCCUCCAGGAUUGCCAAGGUGAUCUGCAUGGAGUUUAGCAGCGAUGAGGUGGUAGCCCUGGUGCAGAAGCUGUGCGAGAACAUUGGGGCCAUGGGCCUGCAGCAUGACAAGGCCUCGGUCACCUGGAUCGGCACCUUCCUGCAGCUGCGGGUCAAGGAGCUGGAGGACAAGGUGGCCGAGAUCCUGGGCACCAUCCUGAUCCACCUGCCGACGGUGGAGGAACUGGAUGUGCGGCGCCUGCUCAUCGAAGCUGUCCUGCUCCUGGCACACUACCACCAGGAGACCGUUCUCACGUCGCUGCUGAGGCAGCCCCUGCCCAUGGAGAGCCACCUAACAGAGGUGUGGCUGACCGUGGCCAAGAACGCGACCUUUGCCCGGACCAUGCUCUACGGCCUGAUGGACCGGCUGCAGUUGCAGUUCGGCCCCAAGAUAAACGCCAUGUCCAAAGCUGACAUCUGGCGCACAGCUGCCGUGGACCCCCUGAUGGCCCUGUGCACCAUCCACCUCCUCAUUGAGAAGAUGGACAAGGACAACAAGCUGCUGGACCUGGUUCCUGACCUCGUCUACACGCUCCUGCUGCAGCUAAGCGGGAACUACCGGCCUGAAGCUGCCUCACCCGUCCUGAAGACCUGGAGGCUGAUCCACCGGGGGCCCCUGCCCGAGGAGCUGACCCCACAAAGGAUCACCAUCAAGUCCAUGCAGCUCUUGUUGCAGAGAUUCAACAGUGAGCACCUGCUGCGGGCCCUGGAAGAGCAGGUGGUAUGGACCCUACUGGAGAGCAGCGAGACCUUCCUGCAGGGAGUGAGCCUGCUGGCCAGGCUGUGCAUGCGCCACCUGGAAGGCUACAGGCAGAGGCUCUCAGAGCUGGUGCUCCAGGGCAUGAACUCGAAAGUCCUGAGCUGCCGAGUCAGCAGCACUGCUAUCUGCGUGGAAUUUAUGAGCGAUCCGGGGCUGUACCAGGAGAAGCUGCUGAGGCCAGCGAUGCUGAUGCUGGAGCAGGGUGCGGGGCAGGUGGAGGAUGAGGUCCUGCAGGUGCUGUCCCUACGUGCCCUGGGGAACAUGGCCCUGGGGUCCCCCAGGAAGGUGAAGCAGUACCGCAAGCUCCUCCUUGGGGCCUGCUUGCGCUCCUUGCGGGUGCCAGUCAGCACCUGUGUCACCGCGGAGGGUAUGGAGGCCUUGACCAAGAUCCUGGCUGAGCUCCGGGAAGGGGACGUGGGCUCUUCUUUCGACACCAUCUCAGAGCACUGCAGACUCUUCUUCGAUGAUGAGAGCGAACUGCUGCGCUGGAAGGCCUUUGUCCUCUUCGGGAAGCUGGCGGCCAUUGUGGGCCUCUCCAAGAAGCACUUUUUCAAGGGCGAAGUGAAGAAGGCCUGGGUCCCCCUCCUGCUGCACUGCCAGGACCCCUGCUCCAACACAGCGCAGGCCUGCAAGGCAACCAUGUUCCAGUGCCUGCACUUCUGGGGCUGGAAGUCCCUGGAGCGGCCACCGCGGCGAGGCGAGACGAGCACAGAUGACGAGCUGGCCAUGUUCCAGAUGACCAUGUGCUCCGUGCUGACUCAGAAAAAACCAGCUGUCCUCUAUUGCUUCCUGCUGGAGACACUGACCUACAUCAGAAACAACUUAUCCAGGAUCAGAAUUGCUUCCUGCAACCUGGCAGGAAUCAUGAUAAAGCAGAUGUCUGCACAAUACCUGAAGAAGCUGGACUUCCCCUCAAUGCGCAGCUCGCUCCAGGAGCUGCAGCUGGACACGGACCCUGGGGUCCGCAUGGCUGCCCAGGAAACGCUUAAGGUCUUGGACAGCUGCAGCCAGUAUGGGGUGCUGGUUUCACCGGAAGGAAGGUCCUAA